UUUGCUAAAAGAAAUUAUUAAAAUGUUGACUGCUUAAUGCUUUGCUUCGUAUCUAUACACAACAAAUAAACAUUUUCGAUGAUGUAAAUGUAGGCCUAAAUGCGAGAGUGUGGUCAGUGUGAGUGUGGACUCUAUAGUCUAUAUCUGCUCCUAUGUAGUUUAGAUAUAUAUAUAUAUAUAUAUGAAAGUUUAGAUUAAUAAUGUAUCGAAAAAUUUAUCAAUCAUGCUUAACAUGUGAUAAAAGAAAAAAACAUGAAAUUGAAACUGAACCAGAGAUCGAGGAGCCUCCUCAGCCUCAGGCUCAGGAGGCUGAACCAGAGAAGCAGAAGGAGACGCCGGUACCGCCUACAGAUAAAAUAAAGCCGCUCACUCAUGCUUAUGCCAUUGAGGAGGACAAAGAUUUUGAGGAGAGUGUAAAAAAUGAAGUUCAAAGAUUAUGGAGGGAUGUUGAGAAACAGUGUCAAGAUUCUAACUCAGAAUUACAGCCACUGACUGAGGACACAAAAACUGAUAUUGACUGGAAUAUUAUCAGAGUCUUUGUGUCCUCCACAUUCACUGACUUUUUCAAUGAAAGAGAAGUGCUUGUGAAAAAGGUUUUUCCUGAGCUGAGAGAAUGGUGUCAAGGUCGAGGUUUAAAAUUGGUUGAAUGUGACUUAAGAUGGGGAAUCCCAAAAGAUACUUCAACAGCUGAGACGAUUCUAGUCUGUUUGGAUGAACUUGAGAGAUGCCGCAAGACAAACAAAAAUCUGCCUUUUUUUAUCAACCUUGUAGGAGAACGGUAUGGUUGGAUUCCUUCUGUGAAAGAAACUCCAGAAGAAGCAAAAGAAAAAUAUCAAUGGGUGGAAGGAGCAUCCAUAACAUUUAUGGAGGUUCUUUAUGGUGCCUACAGGGAGGCAAAUCCUAAUGCCGCUUUUUUCAUGAGGAACAGUUCUGUUUGUAAUGAUAUACCACAAGCUCAUAUUUCUAGGUUUAUUGAUGCUGAACCAGUUGCCAAAUGUCAUCUCAAAAUGUUACGAAGUAAACUGUGCAGCAGGUUUCCAAAUCAAGUUUUCCCAUACAACUGUAGCUUCAAGCAGAUCAAUAACACUACAGGAAGAGAGCAGGUAGAACUCUCUGGUUUAGACACAUUUGCUGACUUGGUUCUAAACUUCUUGAAAAAUGCUAUUGAGAAAACAUAUCCUGUGUCCAAUAUUGCAGAAACUGAGGUGGAUGCUAACAAGCAAGAACAAGAUCUUCAAUGGAUGUUUAUUUUGGACAAGUCAAAAGACUUCAUUGGUAGACAAACAGAUUUACAAAAUCUUCAAGAGUACAUAGAGAGUGGACAAUCCACACAUCUGGAAAAGACUGUCCUAGAUGAAGAUCAUAAUCCUGACAGCAAUGUCAGAUGGCAAGCUGAUUGGGAAGUAGAAGACACUGAUGUGAGCCUGUUAGUCCUAGAAGGUCCAAGUGGAUGGGGCAAAACAACUUUGUUAUGUAAACUUAUUUUAGACACAGUUAAGACUGGUUCCAAUAUAUUUUAUCACAUUGUGGGCAGCACUCCAACAAGUAUACAAGUUGAUUGUCUACUAAAGCGUUUAUUGCAAACACUUUUGCCAGAACCAACAGAUGAUCAGAAAAUUGUGUUAAAUAGUGACAGCAUCGAAGAUCUUCAGUCACUGCUUAAAGAAGCGCUCGUCAGUUACAGAAAGAAAAAAGAUCAGAAACUUAUUGUCAUUAUAGAUGGAGCAAGUGAACUAGACACCAGUGACAUCUACAAACACUUGUUUUGGUUACCUCCCUCUUUUCCCAACAACAUACGCUGCAUAGUAAGCACUGACCUGCAUCCACCUACAACAGCUAGACUAUAUGAGUAUCCAACAUAUAAGAUGACCUUACAGUCCAUGUCUCCAGAAGAUCUGUCCACCUUGGCUGUUAGAUAUCUGGCCCAGUUUAAUAAAAGACUUGACCCAACCCAGCUCAACAAGAUUAUUAUGAACACCAAGGCAGACAACCCAUUGUGGGUCAUGUUGAUGACUGAAGAGCUGCGAGUGUUUGGUGAUUUUCGCUUAAUGGACUCUAAGAUCGACAACUUUCCAGACAAUAUGUCUGACUUCUUGUCACAGGUUAUUGACAGAUUGACUCAUGAAGAUGAUGAGAAUGAAAUCAUUAAAAAGGUACUGUGUUUGACAGCCUGCUCAAAACAUGGCCUGCCUCUAGACCACAUAUUGAAAAUCCUGGGAAAUAUACAGUCUAAAGAAGAACUGGCCCCAAUGUAUUGGGCCAAAGCAAGGCGAGCCUUGAAACCUUAUCUUCGAGUCUCAGGCCACUCAGAAAACUUGUUGGCCUUUGCCCACCAACCUGUGCUGACGGCUGUUAGAAAUCAUUUGUUAGCUGAUAGAAUGGAAGCAGCACAAUGGCACACCACUCUGGCUGACUUCUAUCAGUUCUGGUGUGAGGAUGCUAGAACUAAGUGUUACCACCUACCAUAUCACUUGGAGUCUGCCAUGUUGCAAGCAAGAUUGCUGGAUUUCUUACAGCAGGAUCCUGAUUCCUAUUUCUACAUCUUUCCAUUCCAACGAAGCAGUUUCUUAAAGAAUGUAAGAUGCAACAUGAUAGCAUCAGAAAACAUCCCAUCCACAGCUCCCAUCAUGUUGUGCCACAUGUGUGCGACAGCUACCCGGGGAUGGAAUCCAGCCUGUAACUGGAGCAACAAAUCCUGCUGUGUUGUGUGUGGUGGACUAACAAACAUGGGACCUGGGGCUACACCUGCACGGGCCUGCUCAAGACAUGCCGAUGGCAAAGGACCAGGCAAAGUUAAGUGUGUUCUCUGCAACUUCAUAGUCGACAUUAAUCUCAAAACUGGUCCCCUGGUUCCAACACCUGGUCAAAUCUGUAAUACUUGUAACAACUUUGGCCACAACUUAUGCGCUCGCUUCAAUGUUUAGUACAUUUACAACAAUUAUUUUAACUACCACCAAGUCUUCUACCUCUGAAAGAAAACUAAGUCGAUAUUACUUAUUAGCUUUUAUAUGAACUGCUAUUUCUAGAGUUUAAAAAAAGGUCAAAUCAAUUUAAACUGAUAUUGUUACAAAAGCUUUAAAGUUUUAUGAUUCUAUAAUUCUGAUGAAUCACUUUAAUAUUAUUAUUACUGGUCAAAAUAAAAUUUAAAGAAUGUGGCAGGCUAUCAAAUUAUUGUUGCAUAUUAUGCUCUUUUUUAUUUUAUCUAUUUUUUACUACCAAUAAUUAAUACUAGUGUGAUUCUGUUUUUUAAUUGUUGGUAACUUGGCAGGGUUCUGUUCAUUUAUAUAUUUAUUUUUUAAUAGCUUUUUAAACUGCUCAAUUGUACUCUUUUUUUUUUAUAUGUAAUAGAAAUUAUUAUUUUUUAUUUUACUUGUAAAAUGUUUUUAUGUUUUAAUUUCUAGUUACACUUUUCACUUUACUUGACAAUCAGGGAUUGAACCAUUUCCUUCUGUUAUUUUCUGCCAUUCUCAGGCUCUUGUUCAGACUGAAACUUGUUUAUUUUUAAUGUUAUUUGACUUCCGUAAACUGCCUUUUUCUUUUCUAUGGAAACAAAAUAUAAAAAAAAAAGUUGAAUGCAUCAAAAGAUGUAGUUAUUUCACUCUAAUUUGUUAUGUUGUUGUUAUAUUGUUUUGUUUGUUUUCUAUGGUCAGAUUUUUAAAACACUCAUGCAAUAAAAAUAAGAUAAAAGUGUCUUUCCUGUUAUAUUACCAAAACAAAUAUUUUUUUUUUACAUAUUUACAUAUGUUAAAUCAUUUAUCUUAUUAUGACUGUUCUUAAGAAAAAUGUGUACUUUCUUACUUACCAGCGGAGCUUAUCAACAGUAUAAGUUCAAACAUUUGUUUAGUUUGUUGGCUUGGUAUUAAAAAUAUCCAAUAAUUGUUACUUUAUUAUCUAUAUCAUUUCACCUUUCAUUAUCCCUAAGUCUGUUGAAUCAUAGGGGCACUACACUAGAUCAAUUGACCAUCUUUCUCCAUUCCUCUGUCUUUUGCCUUGGAUAGAAUUUCAUUCAAUGACAGACCCGUCCAUUCUUUUGUUUCUGCUAAGUGGUAUAGUACCAACAAUCUUUUAUAUAUUUCUCUUUUUUUCUGAGACAUCAAUUUUGCAAGUUAAUGUUCCUGCAUUGUUUUUAGAGUCCAGAUCUGACUCUCCUAAAUAUCAGGAUCUCAAGUUGUGUCUUUGUUGCAAUCCUAAUUUUAUGGUGCCUCAUGAUUAGACAGACUAUCCUCAGUGUAUUUUUAACCCUACUGAAAAUAAAACUGGACUCCAGAUUAGCUGCUAAUGGAUCCUGCAGAAAAUAUAAAACAUUUUAUAUACAAAAUGAUUUGUUUUAAUGUGAUGUUUUUUAUUAAUUUAAAAUUCAUCAGAUCUGAAAAGAAAUGUAUAUUUUUAACUUGCACAUUGCACUUUGUUAUUUAACACAUUUAUUUUUAGCAAUAGAGCAUUUAUUUUAUACUUUUAUUUUUGCUUAAAAAUACAAAUCUUUUUGCUACAACCUGAACAAAUAUUAAAAUGUUUUUUUUUUACAGAAUUUUUGUUUUGGAUUUUUAUUUAAAUUAUUGAAUGUUGUAUGAAUUCUUCUUUCUCUUUAAAUGACGUGAAAAUAUAUGGUACCCCCUCUCUCACAAAUAGUAAAGUAAUAUAAAAAAAACUACAUAAUAAUUGACUUUACCUGAUUUAAAUGAUCAUCAUCUGGUUAUUUUGAGUCAACCCAUUUCUCAUGCCCUAUAAAAGUGAUUUUGUUGUAGCAUGUUUUACUUCUGCUGAGUCUGCUUGUUACUUAGAGAAACUCCUGCUUGUUGAGUCUGCUUGUUACUUAGAGAAACUCCUGUUGCUGAGUCUGCUUGUUACUUAGAGAAACUCCUGCUUGCUGGAUCUGCUUGUUACUUAGAGAAACUCCUGCUUGCUGAGUCUGCUUGUUACUUAGAGAAACUCCUGCUUGUUACUUAGAGAAACUCCUGCUUGCUGAGUUUGUGUACAAGAGAAAGAUGUCAGACAUGCUAGCAAUGCCACAAAACAAAGUACAAAACAAACAAGCCACUAAUGAGAUCUUUUUUUUGAAAACCUUUGUUUUUAUUUGUACUAAAUCUGUGGACACACCAAAUUAACAUCAAACUAUUUGUUGCUGCUGUACCUUCAACAUAAAACCCUGUGCAAAAACAGUACAGGCAAACUAUGAACAGUCUUCCUCAUUAGCCUCUAAAUCAACGUGGCCCACUGUGGUAAUUAACAUUUCAGUGAGUCGGUCACUACUAUUAGGUUUAUGAACCACUGCAUUUAAAGAUACAUGGGUGCACAGAUAGCUCAUUCUAAAUUUAAUAAUAUAAAAUUCCCAGCACAGAGUGUAACACCAAAACAUUCUAUAUCAACAUUAAAACAAUCAACAGUUAAAAAACAGUAUUAAAAAAGUUCAGGUAAAUUAUCUCAAUCAAUUAAUCAACAUGUAGAUUAUAUACAGUAAUAUUACUUUCUUUAGCUGAAACAAAAAUACCUUCAAACAUUUGAUUAGAGCAGAAACAGUCAGCUCUGAUUUUCAGGAAUUAAUAUUUCAGAGACUAUUGUUAAACAUGUACAUAACUACAGACUAUUUAUUCCUUAAAUAGCUCUGAAAUACCUCAUCUCUGCAUUGAUAGUUUAGAAUAAUCAUUACAAGUACACAAAAUUAAUUAAUAUUUUUAAAAAAUAUUAUGUUUUAAUUGUCACUAUUAUUUUUUUUUUAAUUUAAAAUAUGUGAAUGAUAAAAAAAAACGUGUACAUAAAUGAUGGAUUAUUUACCCUGAAGAGUGGCAUUCAGUUUGUCAAUCUUUGUUAAAGCAAUCCUGAAUACCAGCAUCAAAUUAGCUAAUUAAAAAAGAUAAUGAUAAGAUAAAAGUUAAAAAGAAAGAAACAUUCAACUAGAAUCUAUAACAUUUCAUCAAUGGGUACUACUGAAGAGGAUCUCUGUCAGGUCUUAGCAGUUGAAAAUAGUUUUGAAAUAACGGUGACUUGUCACUAUCACAAUGCCCUUUAAUUUUACUUUUAUCUCAAGAUGAAGAUUUCAGAACAAGGUCAUUUUGAGAAACCCUAAUUCAAAAUCCUGUGUCACAACUUGAACUGAUGAAGCCAAGCAUUUUUGUCAUAGAAGCACAACUUCAAUUUUCAAGCUAUUUGAGAGAGAGAAUGAAGCCCUAGAGAGAGAUGUGAAUGCUAAUCUGAGAGAUUUUAGAUUCAUGGGAAACAAAAA